AUGGAGAUCUACACAGCUUCCUCAAAGCGACCCGCUAUGGUGAUGUUCCCAUGGUUGGGGGAUGAUCUACAUGUCUGUGUGGCUGACUUUGGCCUGUCUAAGAAGAUCUAUUCCAGUAACUACUAUAGGCAGAAGAAUAUGGAUGUUAACAUGCCUGUAAGGUGGAUGGCCAUAGAGAGUCUGUCUGACUUCUUCUAUACCACCAAGAGUGAUGUGGUUGUGUUUCUCAAUUUUAGUGACUACCUUUUCAAACUGCUCCUCAUCGGUGACUCUGGAGUCGGGAAGUCGUGUCUGCUGUUGAGAUUUGCUGAUGACACAUACACUGAGAGCUACAUCAGCACCAUAGGCGUGGACUUCAAGAUCCGCACCAUUGAACUUGAUGGCAAAACCAUUAAGCUACAGAUUUGGGACACUGCGGGGCAAGAAAGAUUUCGAACCAUCACCUCCAGUUACUAUCGAGGGGCUCACGGUAUCAUUGUGGUCUAUGAUGUCACGGAUCAGGAAUCAUAUAACAAUGUGAAACAGUGGCUACAGGAAAUAGACCGCUACGCAAGCGAGAACGUCAACAAGCUGCUUGUGGGGAACAAAUGUGACCUCACCACCAAGAAAGUAGUGGACUACACAACAGCCAAGGUAUUGAUGUGUCAAAAUAGAUGCAUCUAAUCUGUAUUAAUUUCU